GACACGACGACAUACGGUCGGUCGUCCCCGCCGACGGCGACCGGCACGCUGCCUGGUGGCCGCGGCCCGUAACCGAUUCCGUCGGACUCGGACUACCGGUUCAUACUGAUGGUGAUCAUAGGCCCGAGGCACAGCAGCUACCACCACCACCGCCACCACCUCAGCCGCCGCCGUAGCCACGUCGCCCGUUAAACUUUUUGAAAAAGAAAACAACCGAAAUGGACCAGCCCGAGCGUUGUCGUUGUAAUAUUAUUGUUGUUGUUAAAAUAUCACAAUAAUAUAACACUGUAUCGCCCGACGGCGGCCGUUCGGUACCGAGUUCAUUCGUCGUUACAGUAAUUUUCACUUUUUAAUUUYCCUCGCUAUCGUUUUUACGGCUCCACCUGCACCACCCGUGAGAAUCGUAAGCAACGGCGACGACUGAAUUCACCGACGGUUGUUGUCGCGGACUAGAAACGAUGUGUCGUUCGCAGGUCAUCGACUUGUGUAGCAGUAGCAGCAGUUGACGUUGUAAACAUUUUAAUACUCAAUACAUUAAAGYCAGUAAAUAAAUUGUUAAAAUGAGUUCAUUCAAUGAUAGGACAAUCCAAGAAGUUCCAUCACCAAUGACAAAUUUAGCUAAUUGUCUAGGAACAUCACUAACAGUCAGACGCAAACUAACAUUAUCUGAACCCAGCGAUACUCCAAAAAAAUGUUAUGAUAACAUACUCCAUGAUCACGAUUUCAACAGCUCAUCAAAUGCCAGAUUAUUCAAAGGAAGUUCAAAAAAUGUUAACGAUAGUCCAACAUUAAAAUGUUUGAUGCUUCAAAAAAUGAUGAAUAGUCCAGUUGAGAAAGAAAACUCAACUAAUUGUAUGGAUACGAUGGUCUCUAAAUCAAUUUUAUCACCAUCUCAAUCAAGUCCAACAUUCUUGAUGCACAAUCGUAAUGCAAGAGGUCGUCUCCCAUUAGAAGAUCAUGAUCCUAAUUCACAAGACAGUGGUUUUUWUUCGGUGCUUUCUGAAGAUUCCAGGUCAUUAACCAGAUUUGAACCCAAAACUGCGAUUGAAAAGAAAAAUUYRUCAUUAAAUAUUUCCCGAUCGGAUACAAUUAUUUGUCACAAAGGAAUCCCAGAUGUAGAUGAUCCAUUUCUAGACAACGUUAAUUCUCCAGCAAGAUUGUCUCAAGAUUCACUACCGGUUGAAUUUAAUACUUUAAUUGAUGGAGAUAUUUUUGCUUUGCAAUCGCCAAUAAUUAAACCUAUCGUUAGACGAAGAAAUUCUAAAUACGAUUCAGAGACACCUCGGAAAAUUGAUUUGGUUUUUGAAGAAACUAAAAACACUGAUGUUGUUGUGAAGAAACGUAAAUUGUUUAAUGAAUUCGAAUGUCCCUCUGAAAAAUCAAUUGUAUCUAAAAGGUUGAAGCCUAAUGUUGAUCUUUCAAUGUCAUUUGAUUCUCCUAGAUUAGACACUGGAAAUACUUCUUUAACUGCUCCUGUAUCACACAAGAAAACUACACUCUUUGAUUACGGGUUUCGCAAAAAUAGUGUUUCCAAGAUCCGAAGGUCAUUCUCAACUAAUGAAGCCACAAUUAAAGCUGCAUUUGAGAAAGGUGAGNNUGCAUCAAAUUUAAUUGGUGACUUCAGUCAAUCAUUUAUAUUGCCUUUGUUAUCACUUGGUCGUCAUGCAGAUCUCCGUAGCAUAUCUCCUGAUACAUUAGCYCRUUUAUUGGAAGGCUCAUUCAAUGAUUGUAUCGACUCCUAUCUUAUAAUAGAUUGCAGAUAUCCAUAUGAGUAUGAAGGUGGUCAUAUUAGAGGUGCAAUCAAUAUAUAUACUAAAGAGCAACUAUUUAAAGAUUUUACUGAAAACAAGUUGGGUAAAAAAUCUCAAAAAACUGAUAAAGUUAAUGCUAAGAGAAAUGUGUUGAUAUUUCACUGUGAAUUUUCUUCGGAAAGAGGUCCAAGUUUGUGAGUAUAAUUUAAUGUAUUUA